UAGAAAAGUUUGUAACUUUAUCUGCUAUUAAUAAAAAAGCCUUGAAAAGGACGUUACAUAAAAAGAUUUGAUUUGUGGACAGAAUCUAAAACCCUAUCUUCAAUAUUACUUCACCCUUAUGAGUAAUUCUGAGUUUUUAACAGUUGAGAAUGGCGAUCUUGCACUUCUCAUCUUCUUCACCGAUCUUCUCGACGAUCAUACAUUCACCUCGAAGAAAGAUUAGGGCUUUACGAGAUUCCGACAAAACCCAUAAGAAUCUCAUUACGACAGAUUUUGUCUCAUCUUUCAGCUUAUGUCCCUGUGGAAGAAGGCAUUUCCUUGGAGCUAUGCCAUUACUUCCCAUCUCUCCCUCUCACGCUUCUACCUCAACGGAGGAUUUGAGAAGACUGCUUUCACCAAAGCCAGAUUGGUAUGAGGAGCUCUUUGCUUGGUUAAUGAAUACAGGAAUGGAAUCAUACGAGAAAGAGAUUUCAGAUUACAAGACUAAACUCUUUGAUAAUUUGGUUGGGAAAGCAGAAAAAGGUUUGGAGAUUGGUAUUGGUACAGGUCCAAAUUUCAAGUACUACACAGCUAUUCCAAACGUUUAUGUUAUUGGUGUUGAUCCAAACGCUAAGAUGGAGAGUUAUGCGCGCAAAUCCGCUGCAGAAGCGGGUCUCAAAUCCGAAGACUUCACAUUCAUUCACGCGCUUGGGGAGUCUAUACCGUUAGAAGAUGCAUCUGUUGAUGCAGUCGUGGGGACUCUCGUGCUUUGUUCCGUCACAGAUGUCACUCGGACGCUCAACGAGAUAAAACGGAUACUAAGACCUGGUGGAAUUUAUCUUUUCAUAGAACAUGUUGCAGCUGAAGAUGGUACAUUUCUAAGGUUGGUGCAGAAUGUGUUGGACCCAUUGCAACAAGUUGUUGCCGAUGGAUGUCACUUGACAAGGCACACUGGAGAAUCCAUUUUAGAAGCCCGGUUCAAUGGAGGUGCAGAUGUUAACAAGGCAUCCAUUUCUAGCGUUGCUUACAUAAGCUCUCAUGUCUAUGGUAUUGCUUACAGUUAAAAUAAAUGUUAAUCGAUGAUGCUGAUUGUAUAUUUCAAUGAUAUAUAUAAAUGUUAAUGAUGCCUCUGUUGAUAAAACAACAAUAUCUAGUUUAAUCUCUGUUAAUAAACCGGAGAUUUGAAUUGUUCAUGUUA